AUGAAACAAGUGGAACUGAUUCUUGGAAGGGUGGUGAGAAUGGUUGAGGCGUGGGGGCUGCGGCGGCUGGAGACAUUCAAAACCAGGAUUCUGGAUUAUCUGGCCUCCGAUGCAGAUCUAGAGGACGAGCGCUUAAAUGGGUCGUCCAAGUAUCCGAGCCCCGACACCAAGGGUCACAUCGGAAACCCGUUAGCGCGGACGGGUAAACAGGCACCACGGUAUCCAGAGCAAGUGAAGCGCAUCGCUGCGCAGGUCAGCUCGGUUCUGGGAUUGUCAGCAGAACCGACGGAAUAUGGCUACGAGACGAUCAAGCCCAAAGAUGACAGCGACGAGGCCAGGAGCAGCGACCUAACCUAUGGUGAGGGUCUGAUAUGGGGGCAAGGUCAGUGGCCCCCUUUGGGAAGCUUCGCAAGUCAGUGCGCAGAAGCGGCCGGAUUCGUGCUCUCUGUUGUCUUUGGCUGCUCACGCCACUUCCACGGCCAAGCCCUGAGCGGUUCCACACCUUCCACUGUGCUUGACCCUGCUGUUGAAGCAUCCGAGGGGGAUGGUAUAAGAAAGAUAGCCAGCCGAUCGUGUUGUAUCACAUUGACUGUAUUAUAG